GCAGCCAUUGACGCGCUCUUUCUACGUCUCUCCAGUGACCUCUCCGCCUCUCUUUCAGUCAGCCAACGGGAUAGGAGCUUCACCUGACACAGGCGCUGUGGUGACGUCACUAGGUACCUCCUCUGUACAGCUGGAGAGAGAAAGAGGGAGGUUAUACCGGAGAUUGGAGAGCGCAGAGCCGAAUUACAGGUGCAGAAUGGAGCAGCGCCUGUAUGCUUUGGUCUGAAGCCCUGCGGAAAAUUGUGAUGCACACCUUGCCGAAUUUGUAGCAGGCUUCCAGGAACCAGCUAGAAAGGAGGGGCAAUGUUCACCAAGCUCAAAAAAAAGAUUGCAGAGGAGGCGGCAAUCACUCCACGGCCUGGGGGUGCUGCCCGUAUCCCUCGUUCUGUCAGUAAGGAGUCUAUCACAUCUGCAGGAGCCGACUCCGGGGAUGACUUUGCAUCAGAUGGCAGUAGUUCCCGUGACGAUCUGCCUUAUCAGAUCUCCAGGAGAAAUAAUCAGAUCCGUAGGCUGGAAGCCAAAGUAUCAGAUUAUGCAGAACAGGUCCGCAACCUGCAGAAGACGAAAGAAAAACUUGAGAUUAUUUUAGAAAAACACCAGGAUUCAACAGUACAAAAAUUUCAAGAGCAAAACGAGGCCCAUCAAGCGAACCGAGUCAAGAUAGCUGAAGAACAUGCCCUGGCUCUUGAGAAAAAGGAUCAGGAGUGGCUGGCAAAGAUUGGAAGUCUCGAAGAGGAAAAGAAUCAGCUGUGCAAUCAGACAGACAUCAUGGAACCGAGUCUUUCCUCUUUCCAAAAAACUGAUUUGGAUAAGUUUGAAGUAUUUCAGCAACAAGAAAUGUCAAAAAUCAAACACACGCUGUUAAAUAAAGAACAGUUAUUGAGUCAAGUACAAGAAGAGGUGAAAUCACUAAGGACAGAGUUGGUGUUAUCGCGAGCUGAAAGUCAAGAUGCCCAAGACUUAUUAGAAAGACUAAAGGUGGAUCUUCAAAAAGUGCAGAAGGAAAAUGACCAGCUGUCACAGCAGAGGACAGAGCUGACAGCAGCUCAGGAAGGUGCAAAAAUGAAGAUUACAGAACUGGAACAGAGGCAGCAGGAACUGCAAGACUUCAUCCAAAAUCUUUCUUUGGACUUGCAGAAGGCUCAAUCUGUUGGCUGUAGCAGUGAGAAGAGAUUAACUGAAGUCCAGGAAAAGUAUGAAGCAUUAAAUUUGUACCAUGAACAGUUUAAGUCCAAGGUGGGAGUUGAAAUUGAAGAAAAGGACUUAAUAAUCAUGCAACUUCAGGAGAAAAGCAACAUGUUGGAAAAGAAUCCUAAAGGAAGUUUCUCUGGUGAUGGACAUCAGGAGCCGCAGAAGGAGGAGGAGUUGAGGAGCAGUGAAGUUGCAAGUGUGGCGAUAGCCAAGUCACUGGAGGAAACUCGGAAAGAAAAAGAAGACCUUCAGCAGCAGGUUGCAAACUUAAAUGCUCAAAUUGAAGAGAAUACUCAGGACAUCUCACAAAAGAAUGAAGAACUUACUAGAAGGGAUAAGGAAACGGUUAAUUUAAGGCGAGAUUAUGAUGCUCUUCUAUUGCAAAUGCAGCAGCUACACUCAGACCUGGAGAUAUACAAAUCCAGAGAAGCCCAAAGAGAGGAGAUUUCAGGAAGACAUGCCAGUUCUGAGACACAGGUCUCCCCACUGCAGGACACAGUUACAGCUGUGCAUGAACCUCUCAAGGGCACUGCCAGCCGAGAAUCCAAUGGUGGGCUUGACGUAGGUGACGUUAUGCAGCUACAGAGGGAGAACCAGGAGCUGGAGCAACAGAUUACGGAAAAGAAUAAGACUAUUAAACAGCUUCAGCAGAGGAUGGUGGAGCUAAAGAAGACUUUACAGAAAGAGCUGAAACUAAAACCAGAGGCAGAGAUAAUUGAUGUGCGAGAGAAGCCAAAUCCUGAUCCACUGGCAACCUCCCUCACGAUGACCAGCUCGUCUGACCUUACUGACUUACGAGAGUUAAACUUGGAGUACUUGAAACAUGUUGUUUUGAAGUUUAUGUCUGCUCGGGAAGCAGAGGCUUUUCACCUGAUCAAAGCUGUAUCGGUAUUGCUCAACUUCUCUGUGGAGGAAGAAAAUCUUCUUAAAGAGACUUUAGAAUAUAAGAUGUCUUGGUUUGGUUCUAAGCCGGUUCCAAAGGGUACAGCUCGUCCAUCCAUCUUUAAACCAAGGACAACGUGGUCCUGAGCUCUUGGAUAUACCGGAACUGCCUCCUCUUUUCACAGCAUUUUUAGGAGAUGGACGUUCUUGGUUGUGGAAGGCCUUUUUGCAUUCUAACUUUUUUCCCUACUGAGCGUUUCAAGACUCUUCCCAAACCUGUUUACACUUCAGCAUCUUGGGAGUUAUUUAGUGUGAUUUUACAGACAGUUCUUGGAAAUGGAACAAACUCAAGUCACUCAAUUCUAUGCAAUGGAAGACUGCACUGUUCUGUGACACAGUCACAUAGAAUACUAUGACUCCUCUCUCAGUGUUCCGGGGCCCCUGCUGUGUGAUACUUACUUCAGGAUUUUAUAUCAUCGUACUUUUUAAGGGCUUUUGAAGUAAGAGGCAGGAUCCUGAUCACAGCACAGUGUAAUAUAAGAUAUUUUAUGGUACUAAGUAGUACUAUUCCUGGUAGUUUAAAUUCUAUAAUGCUAAGAUGUUAAUCACUGCUCUGCUAUGUUUCAAUACUGUAAUUUAUAUGAUAAAUUAUAAUUCUUUUAUUUUAACGGAAUUCUUUAUGUGGGUCUCAGUUAAAAAUGUUAGAACUGUGGUGCAGUUUAUACCUGGCAGCCUACGCUCCUCUUCUUCUCCUCUUUUUUGUAAAAUGCUUAAUGUUCACAACAGUGGCAGCCCAACUGGUCUCUUCUUUCAGUUUUUCUUUUGGUGCAAUUUAGAACUAUUUGUAAGACGAAACACAAACCUCUCUUUUAGACAAGUAUGGGAAACGCUUGUUCUCUGUUGUUUAAAGGGUGUUGUAUGUGGAUGUUUAGAGCCACAGUGCAUACAGUUGUAUCAGUGUUUAUGGAUAUCUGCAAAAUGAAGGGAAACCCAUCUGAUUAAUCUUAUUGAAUCAAUGGCAACGAGGUAACAACUUUUUCCCCCUAUCUUACAGGACACUCAUGAAAGAUGGUGGCGCCUACCACUAAGAGCUAGAGUCAGAUAUAACAAUAAGCAUUCCUUUAGGUCAUUUUAAAAAUAAAAAAUCUAGCACAUGCUUAUAUUUUUACCUUUAUCUCUGGUUCUGUAAACUUCUCUGCUGGCUCCCUGAAGAGACUGUGCAUGCCAGGCUCUAGCAGUCUUGUCACUGCCUUACUUGUUCACAUUAUUACACCUGUGCUACCAACACUGCAGGACCAGUGGCCUUCAGAAUGAAUUGUGGCUGCUAAUAGAAGUACCUGUGCACAUUCCAGCGCUGAGUACUGGAGGACAGGGAUGCCAUCUGUUACAGAACCACAAAAUAAGGUAGGUAUUGGUAACUAUUUAAAAAAAAGAACUACACAUUGCUUAUGUGGGAGGGAGUCCCUUUUUUUUAAAGCAGGCUAUAGUUUAUCUUUGAAAGGAUGUCCUUAAAGUGAAUGUAAACCCUCCAUAUACCAAGUGAAGUGAACAACUUCAGAUAAUACACAGGGAUGAAACAAAUCUCUCUACAUAAGUUUUACAUGUAUAUCUUCUGUCUUCACCUUGAUAUAGAAAGCGCACAUCCUGUUAAAAUUUUCUCUUCUUGGUUCCCCUGUAGGAGGGGGAGUAUUGCUAGACACUGGGAGACAGCUGAUUGGAGGAAAGACACACACGCGCGCAGAGGUUGCCUGUGUAUAGUUUAGCAGUCUGCUAAUCUAUCUGUAGAAAUCUCCCACGAGGCACACUUUUAUCUUCUGUCUCGGAGAGAUUGUCAAAAGUCAUCAUGCUGAUAACAGAGGAGGACAAAGCUAUGGGACUUAGUGCUUUGAAGAGAGAUAACAAAAAACACGUUUUUACGUCCACUUUAAGGUGCUAAUUCUUUUUUAAGAUGCAAAUUAAGCCUUUUAAUCCAAGCACCCAGAUGAGAAAUAUUUUAACAUUCUGUGACUGUAGAACAUGCACCCCUAUUUACCACUGCUCAUGACUGUUUGAACCCCCUGCACCCCUUUUCCACCACACACAGGUCCGUCCAGGCCUGGGAAAUGGAGAGUGCAGCAUCGCCCACAGGUAAUAUGGUGGGCAGGGUUUGGUGGUGCAUUGGUGGCUGACAGUCAAGGGCCAAGCCAAUGGAAACGCACCAAAUUGGUCAUGACCCAUAGUUUAAGAAGCACUGCCCGUCUGUUUCCCUCUUUGAAAGGAGCAGGCACCUUGGUGGAGGGAGACUCAUUCUUUCAUGUGCUGUUCCAGGUGCAAUAAAUGUUUAUUUUGGACACAGUG